AUGUCUUUCAAGACUCUUCUCGUUUCGACACUGCUCGCGGCAGCUGCCGUCGCAACCGACCACGGCAGCGGUGACGGCGGAUCAUGGGGCGGCAACAGCGGCGGCGGUGGUGGUAGUUGGAGCAGUUGGCCAAGCGGUGGUGGUCAAGCACCUCCUGCUUUGGCGGCGCCUUCUUGCCCAGCUGGCUGCAUGCCAUUCCCCACCGGACCUGCCGCGCCAGCUGAGACCCAACCCGGCCAAAUGAUCGUGCAAGUCGUGUCCGUCUCAGACGCCAACGGCUCUCUGAAGUACUUCCCCGACAAGAUCACGGCGCCAGUCGGCUCCAUUGUGCAGUUCCAAUACCACCCCAAGAACCACACCAUCACAGAAUCGUCAUUCGCAGAACCGUGCAAACCCAUUGCCUCGAAUCUGACCAGCACCACCCGCCCUGGUUUGAAAUCCGGAUUCGUCCCGGUCACUGGCCAGGAACCUUUCACUCCCGUCUACAACGUGCUCAUCAACGACACCAAGCCCAUCUGGAUCUAUUGCGGUCAAACCAACCACUGCCAAAGGGGCAUGGCCAUGGUUAUCAACCAGAACGAUUCGUCACCGAACACGAUUGAGGCGUACAUCUCCAAGGCUGCCCAACUACCAGUCGCCAGCACGCCGCCGCCGCCACCUUCGUCCGCCGCGCCGCCCGUGCAAGCGCCUCCUGCCUCAUCAGCUGCUCCCCCGCCACCUCCGCCUCCACCUCCCGAGUCAUCGCCAACCUUCGUGUUCGGCGGUGGUGCACCUCCUCCAGCCGAGACCGCUUCGUCAGUCGCCGCUCCUCCCCCUCCAGCUGUCGCGACUGUGACCCCUCCAUCCAGCCCAGCGGUUGUGGCUCCUGCAACCUUCACCGGGGCGGCUGUGCCCGGCUAUGUGCCUCAGUCAUCGACGGGAGUGGCUGGUCUUGUUCUCGGUGCGCUUUUGGCUCUGUGGUAA